GUCGAUGAUUAUCGGUUGGUUGAAUAAGACUGACGGUGCAACUCUUCACGCACAGCCCAUCGGUGUUUGAUCCGAAGACUCAUCUCUCAAGCAUAAAAUGUCUCAGAAUUAUAUGUACCUUGGUCUCUUCCUGGGUUGCGUUUUAUUCUUGGCCAUUCCGACCUCAUCAGGUAAGAUAAAAUAAUCUCAAACUGAUUUGUACAACCCUAUCUGAGGGAUUUUGCUAAAUUUGUAGUUUCUUGAUAAAAAAAAAAACCUCAGUGUUGAAAGCAAAAACGUCACACAUGCACGUACGGAUUCAGUUUUUUUUUUGUUGAUUGAUGAAAGUUUCCGCGCCUACACAAACGACCGCUUAAAUUUCCUUCACUGAAGUAAAACGUUUAACCGAUUUUAAUUUUCGAUCGAGACGGAAAUCGCGUUAAUUGCUGAGUAGCAGGCCAUUAUAGGGUUCAUAUAGUUAGCUAAGCUUGAAUUUAUAAUGUGGAGUCUUGCCAGACUGCCCAACUGAUAGACUGAUCGAUGGCCGGAUUUUCUUUUCUACGUUUUUGACAGAAUUUUCGUAAGGACCCGGAAACUUUGUCCUGUUUUGAUUUUUAAGGUUAUUUGGGAUACAUACACUAUACCCUAAAGAAUAAAUUUUGGGUGAUGAUCCUUGCGUCAAGACCAUUAUCUUCUAGCACAUCUUUACAGUCGAUUUUUGUGUUUCGAGUAAAUCAGCUAAACAUUAUUAGUUUCCGGGGCUAUCAAUCACUUAAUAUUGUGAUUAACUUCCAUCAGUGUUAACUGUUGUAAGAGGAUUCAUAUUUUAGCCAUCACUUUCGCUUCCUAUCACUCUGAAAAGUGUAAACAGUUUCUACAUGAGUUACAUCAAAUGCUCUUUCAAAAAACCUAAGAUACUUGGGUUUUUUUUUAGUUUAACUUGACAUUGACAUGUUUCCUCCAUCUCGGGGGUUUCCUAUACAUUUCUUUCCAAUAAAUAUCUUUUUUCAGUUUUUCUGUUUGUAAUUUAUAAAUGGACAUGCUCUUCUUGUCCACCGUUUCCAGUUCGAAUUUGGAAUGAGGUUUUUAGUGGAGGGACGAAAACCUGAGGACCUGGAGGAAAACCCUCGGAGACUCGGAGCCAGAGCGAGAACCUUCAAGAAACUCAAACCACGUGUGACGCCAACUCCGGGAAUCGAACCCAGGCCACAGCGGUGGGAGGCGAGCACUCUCAUCACUGCCCCAUCCCUGCUCCCAGUAAUAUUUACCUAGGGAUCACGGAUCUCUUCAUAGCAAAACCCAAUUGUUUUUUUUUUUAUUUGAGACUCAAGAUCCCGAAUACCGAAGCCAGUGUCGCUCUUAAAUUCUUUGUGCAUCUUCCGACGGGUCACUCCAAACAUUGAGCGAUAUUGUAAGAAUAUAGCACUCUAAAUACUUUCAAGAAAGGCAACGUUGAUGUUUUAGUCAUUUUUCAUUAUCAUAUUUAUAUUCCAUAUUCCUCUUUUUUAAACAGGAAGUUGCACAACAAAUUCCAACUUGCGAUCAGAAACUACGCCUUUUCCAUCAUCAACAGUUUCGACUACAGCCCAUCAAGCGUCACCUUCGCCUACACCUUUGUCUUCAUCUAAAUCCUUCCCAUCAGCCUCACCAGCGUCACCUACACCUACAGCUUGGUCUUCAGCUCAAUCCUUCCUAUCGGCCUCUCCAGCGUCACCUAUACCUACAGCUUUGUCUCCUACAGGCGGCCCAUCAACUGCCCAAGAGAAAGGUAUAUGUGUUAACAUGUGACAUUAAACACAUUUACUCUGACUUUGAAGUUCUUAGUAUUAAGGCAGUGGGGACACUUCCGUAUUUACUGAAAAAGAUUUCCUUAUUUCUGCGUAUGUUAUCAUCGUUUCUCAUUUCACCAUGGCAUAAAUAGAGAUAAAUUAUUCGUUGGAAAUUGCGAACGAACGAUUUUUGUUCACAAGUUGCGAUGCAUCAAGUAACUCACUCAGGAAAAGCUUUUAAUGUAAAAUCUUUUUUGCGCUCGGUCUGUAUUCAUGACGUCGAGCCAAAUAUUCUCCCGUUUAGGCCUCUCACUCAGUCAAUAAUAUAAGUUCAUGGUAGUUCCCCUUUCAGCGUUUCUCAAAAAGCGAACCUAACUGAAAUCCAAGAAAAACUUUGCGUUCUCAUGACAAAUUUCUUCUCCAAACAACUAUUUUUUUCUUAACUCUAGACACAGGUGGGAAGACCACUGAAGCCCCGAGUCGGUCUGAAAAGAAAUUAUUAAUCGGGUUAGUUGUUGCGUAUUUCACCGUCCUAGUACUUAUCGCGGUCACCUUCCACUGGAUAUCCCGCCGGGAAAAAAUGAAAGCAGCAAAAGGAACUGAAUUCGAGAUGGACGCGUCAGCGCUGUGUGGAUCAGCGGCAACAAGGUUGGGGAACAUCAGUGAACCGGAAGUUGGCAUAACUCACCAGGCAUUUGCUGAAGACUCUGAGAAUCCAGCGAAUGAAACUGUCCCUGAAUCACAUGAAGUUCCUGUUCAGUUUUCGGAAGAUACGAAGUUGUAAAUGUUGGACAAUUUAUUAGUAAACUUUCAAGCCGCAUUCCUUUAAAAAUUCUUGUAGAUUUAUAAACUAACUGUCUCGUAACAUCAUUUUUUCAUUCUUGGUAACAGUUGGAUGGCGAGCCAUGAUUUGCAAGAGUAGCUAAGUUCCUCAAAGAAGUAGUAUGCAGCAGAAGCUGACGCUAACUAAUUUUUUUCACCGCCAUUGAAAUAGAAUCCCUGAAGUUAUUACAUUGGACGCUAUUCAUUAGUUCAAAGAAUAGCCCAGCUCUUCGAGAAUUCUCUUUGAAUGUGAUUUAUAAAAUACGUUUAUAUUUGAAUCUUGCUUUACCAAUCACCUGAAACGAAGAAAAGCCUCGCUCCACAUUAGUACAACUUUCAGUGUUCUUCGUAAAAAUUUGAAGUUACGCGAAAAGGCAUAUAUGAUUCCAACUACAAUUUAUAAUAGCAGAAGCUGCAUUUCCACUACACGCUGUCGUUGCACGUGUUAUCAUCGACCCAAAUCUUGUCUGCAUACUCGAGCAUGCGCACAACAGGUUUUUCUUUUCUUUUUUUUUCUCUGUUAUCAUAACCUCCAACCAAAAUUUCCAAAGUCAGCAAGUUCAUUCUACAUAGGAGGACGCAUGGCCGGUGUUUUCAAAAUUAUUUUCGGUGGACAAUUAGACCACAUUAGCUUGGACCGUAGAAAUACAGUUGGGUUUUUUGAAAUCUUGAUCCUCGUGGUAUGGAAGGGUGCCGUUGAUUGUUAAUGCUCUCCAAAACAAACAAACUUGUACAAGUUGGAUAAAGGUAGAGAGAAGUUUAGUUAAGACCACGAAUGGAAAAAUAAAUUUGAAUGAUCG